AUCGACCAGCUCACGUACUACUAUGAUCGAUGCGUUUUUUAAUUGUUGUUAAUACCCUGAUUAUAAUAUAAUUGAUAAUAACGUUGAUAUAAUAAGCAGGUAUAUAAAAAGACCAAAAUGUGGUAUGAGUUUGACUGUGCCGUGGUAAAAUGAAGUUCCUUGUUCUAUUCUCUCUAGUCGCGGUGGCUUUAAGCCAACCACUCGAGGACUUUGUGGCCCCUACAUAUAAUUACCACGAGCACACUGGUAUCCCUGAAGCCGAAAGAAUCAAGGCCAUUGAGCACGCAAUCGAUUUUGAUGGCAGCAGAAUAGUUGGUGGAAGUCCAGCCAAUUUGGGAGAUUGGCCUUUCUUGGGCGGUCUGGUUAUCACCCUCGUUGAUGGCCGUACCUCCGUAUGCGGCUCCUCGCUCGUGAGCAACACCCGCCUGGUGACGGCAGCCCACUGCUGGAACGACGGCAGGAACCAGGCCAGAAGCUUCAUGGUGGUCCUCGGCUCCAUCCGCCUGUUCCAUGGAGGCACUCGGAUCCAAACCAGCAAUGUUGUGAUGCACCCCAACUGGAACCAUAGGAAUGCCAACAAUGACGUCGCCAGGAUUACUAUACCAUUUGUUGGUUAUACCAACCACAUCAGAAAUGUUAAUCUGAACACAGGCAACAACCAACACGUUGGCGCGAACGCUCGGGCCGCUGGAUUUGGUCUUCAGAGAGACGGUGGUCAAAUCACCAAUGACCAGCGAAAGCACCACGUAUCGCUUCAAGUUAUCAGCAACGCGGAAUGCCGGAGAACAUUCAUGAACAUCAACAACAAUCACAUAUGCACAAGCGGUGUUGGCGGCAGAAGCGUAUGCAGUGGCGACUCUGGCGGGCCCCUCGUCAUCGGAUACGGAGGAAACACCUUCCUGAUCGGAAUUGUAUCCUUCGGAUCCGCCCGCGGUUGCGAGCGUGGAGAGCCCGCAGCUUACGCCCGCGUCACCUCGUUUGCCAGCUGGAUCACGGGAUAAACACUACAACCAAUCAAUGCUAUUUGAUGUAUAUCUACGAUAAAAAUAUAUAUUUUUUAUUUAAGUU